AUGGAAAUCACACUCACAAAGCGUGCCAUUACAACACGAGGUCCGACGGAUGGGUACAUCUUGAACGAGGAAAAUCUCAUAGAUGAUGCUUUUCUACCCAAGACCUACUCUGUCCGCCUGGAAAAGGGCAUGUUUAAAACAGCUUUUGAACGCACAGCGGGACCUGUGCGUCCGUGGCGCCAGUCAUAUGCAUAUCAACUGGUAUUUGAUAAGUCACCAUACCCACCACGGCAUGAAUGGAAGGACCCAGAAGACGUGCCUGAGCCACCGUUUCUGGGGUUUUCUGAGUGGAGGGAGUUUUGCAGCCGGUCAUUUCCCAGUGAUGCUGAGUAA